AUGUUGUCGCCGUCGACGACGACGACGAGCAGGAAGAGAGAUAGGGAGAUGGUGGCGUUGUUGACGUUCAGGAUCACCGCCUCGACUCGUAUUUAUCCCUCUCCUCUCUCCCUCACCAUCGUCCCCUCCCGCUCCCCGUCCCCCACGUCCAUCUCCGUACUCUGCGCGCCGUACGCGCUGCUUCAGCGCCCUCACCGACGACGAGCUCUUCUGGCCGGCAACGCGUUUGACAUUACCCUGCCCUGGACGUCUGCACUCCAACCGUACUCGUCGGCCUAUGGAGGAUCCAGCACGACCUCGUCCAGGGAGUACUCAGGAAAGCUUUGUAUUCCUUUUGAGAAGCAGCCAGAUUUCGAUGACCCCAACAUCGACUUUGCCUCUGAAGUCACCGAUGCAGACUGGGAGGACGAAUCGCCAUAUCCAGAAGUCCGGGCAGCAGUCUCAAAUACAGAUGACAUCGAGAUGCCCGUCGACACUAUCCGCGCCUGGACAAUCGGCCUACUCUGGUCCAUUCUCAUCCCCGGCCUCAACCAAUUUCUCUACCUGCGUUAUCCCAGUAUCACCAUAGGCUCAGUCAGUCCUAUCCUCUCCCCAUAUUCCGGAAUUACCGACGAGCCCAUGUCUCCAUCCCACUCUUGUCCCUUCACCGUCAAAGAACACGUAGUCAUCACUGUCAUGGCCACGGUUGGGUCGACGAGCGCCUACGCUACGGACAUUCUCGCGGUACAACGGAAACACUAUGACCAAAAUUGGCCCUUCGGCUACCAGUGGGUCCUUGUCGUAUCUUCGCAAGUCAUCGGCUUCUCCCUUGGUGGCGUCGUGAAACGGUUCCUGGUUUCCCCACCAUCUAUGAUCUGGCCGUCUAAUCUCGUCUCCUGUGCUCUGUUCAAUACGCUGCAUUCCCAAGAGUACACAGGGUUUGGCAAGCAGUACGGAAUGAGUCGUGAGCGGUUCUUCCUGUAUGGGUUUUUGGGCGCAUUCGUAUGGUACUUCUUCCCGGGUUACCUCUUCACGGCAUUAUCUACUUUCUCCUGGGUUACUUGGAUCGCCCCAAAGAACGUCGUGCGUGCCUUUCUUCCCUAUCGCAACUCGGAUCAUACUUACCCCAUUGUCACCCUGCAGAAAGUCAACCAGCUGUUUGGCUACACGUCUGGACUAGGCAUGUCGAUAUUUACCUUUGACUGGUCCAAUAUCGCGUACCUUGGAAGCCCGCUUGCGACGCCUUGGUGGGCGGAGGCAAAUGUUGCGGCCGGAUUUGUUAUGUUUUUCUGGAUCCUCACUCCGAUUAUCUACUACACGAACACUUGGUAUUCGGCGUACUCGCCAAUGCUCUCGCGGCUAGCAUACGACAACAAGGGGAACGAGUACAAUGUCUCGCGGGUACUCACUGCCGAAGCCACAUUAGAUCUUGCAGCCUACGAAGAUUAUAGUCCGCUGUUUUUGCCCGCUACAUUCGUCAUAUCCUACGGACUGACGUUCGCGAGUAUAACCGCCACUCUGGUCCACUCUGUGCUUUAUUUCCGGAAACAGAUCUGGACACAAGCCCGACGAUCGCUGCACGAACAACCAGACGUCCAUGCCAGGCUGAUGUCAAGGUAUCCUUCUGUGCCUGAGUGGUGGUACUUGGCUAUUUUUGUUAUCAUGUUCAUUCUCUCCGUGCUCACGAUGGAGCUCUGGCCCACGGAGAUGCCUAUAUGGGCACUGAUCAUCGCCAUGCUCAUCGCUAUAUUUUAUCUCAUUCCCCUUGGCAUGCUGCAAGCGAUCACGAACCAGCAGAUUGGGCUGAACGUCAUUGCUGAGCUGAUUGCGGGGUAUGCGUUGCCGGGCAAACCGUUGGCGUCGAUGAUGUUCAAGACGUAUGGGUAUAUUACGAUGACGCAGGCGCUGCAGUUUACGUCGGACAUGAAACUCGGCCAUUAUAUGAAGGUUCCCCCACGAACUAUGUUUUGGUGUCAGUGUAUCGCUAGCCUCGUGGCGUGCUCUGCCCAGCUCGGCGUCCAGAAUUGGAUGUUCUCGAAUAUAGACGGCAUCUGCCAACCGGACCAAAAGAACAACUUCGUCUGUGCUGGCGCGGAGACAUUCUUCGUGGCGAGUGUCGUGUUUGGAUUGGCCCGCAGCGCCAAUUCACGUCGGGGAUAUAUCAACCUCUACUAUUUCUUCCUCAUCGGCCUCAUCGCUCCUGUCAUCGGUUGGGUGAUCAACAAGCGAUGGCCGAGUAGCUUCUUCCGCUAUGUGAACGUACCUGUCAUCCUCUCUGGCACAGAAUGGAUCCCACCAGCCACUGCCGUCAAUUAUAUUCCAUGGGCACUAGUGGGCUUCAUCUUCAACUAUAUUGUCCGGAAACGACAUUUCUCGUGGUGGGCAAAGUACAACUAUGUGCUCUCAGCGGCCCUAGAUUGUGGCACUGCAAUCGGGACACUUGUCGUCUUCUUCUGCCUACAAUACCCAGAGAGUGGACAAAUAGGCGCGAAUACGAUCCUAAAAUGGUGGGGGAAUACCGUAUAUAAAAAUACGGCUGACGCCAAUUCAACACCAUUAAGGACAGUAUCAGGGGAUGAUUACUUUGGACCGCGGAAGGGAUCGUGGUGA